UCGAAUGCCAAUGUUAGUUACGCUUCGAGAGAAGAAUGACUUUGACAAGGUCUUCUGCUUUAACAUUGAAAUACCAAUCUAUAUAGAGAACCCUGAAAAGUUAUUGAUAAACUAUUUAAGAGAAGACUAUGAACUCGCUGGUAUAAUGCUAGGUUGUGGUGCCACAAGAAUGUCGUGUCCCCUUUUCCAUUCUUACCAGUUAUCUCCACCACCACCUUGACAGUUACGACGUUGAGAGAGUUGUGAGGAAAGACAAAUCAGCAACACUUUUGACGACUAAAGUACUUUUUCACAAGUCUCUUUGUAUACCGUUGACACCGUCUCGCUUCUGCUACCCUCCUCUCCAACAAUAGAACGUACCAAAUAACAACUCCAAGCAGCCGUUUCUCAGAAAUAUCAUCAUCAGUAGUUUCACUAUUAUCAUUUCUACAACUAGUUACGGAUUUUCCAACAGAAUAACGUAAAGUGCCUUCUAAACGUUCUAUUUCUGGUCUUUUUCGAAUAUUUGCAUAGAAUUUCACAAAUUGUAGCAACAACUUUCUUCUAAAAGUUAAAGGUAUACCAAACUCUUAAAAUAGUACAAGUCUCCUAAGAUCUCCUUCCUGCUCUUUGUUUGCUUGAAAGUAGCCACACUCGGAAUAAGAUAGAAGAAAGCUUAAACUUUACAAAGAAAACAGUUUGCCAGAGAAGCUUAAGGAAAAUAUCUCUCUAAAGAUAGAAUUUCUACACUGAAUUAUUUCAUAUGAAGAUCAAAAAGACGUUUCACGUAAUCCGUUUCACCUGGUCAACGCAGAAGAACAUCACAAUAAACCAAGGUUCAACCAG